AUGUAAACUCAUCAGUUACCUUCUUGUGUUAGUCCUCGAAAUUUCACUAAUUACAUCUCCAAUGGAACGGGUUUCAUUAUACAAUAGAUAUUUCUUAGGAAGAGACUACUACGUUGUUUAUUAUAAUGGAGGUUUGGCUAAAAACACUCAAGUUCAUGAGGAAGGAUGCUAUGAUAGAAGGAGAUUUCUGAGUGGGGAAUAACAAAGUAAAGGGUUGCCAUAGCUUUCUCCAAAAUUCUAGCAUUAUCAAGGAGAUGGAACUGGAAGGGAUUUUUACAUUAAGUACUUGUUUCUAAGAAGUCAAGAAUCAAUGAAGGAGGGUAGUUUUCGCGAUUGAAGAAACACAACCAUUUGGCAAAUUUGAGAUCUUAUGAUAAAAUUCCAUAGGAAUUCAGAUCGAAUGAUUUUCUUAGAGCUCCUUAAAUCUCUGUCAAAGAGAAAAUCAAGAUGAGAUAGUUAUCAUAGUAGAUUAACAUUUAUAUUUAAAAAUAGGAAACAGAAAGAGGUCUUAGAGAGACUGUGUUCGCCAAAGAAUAAAGCAAGUUGAGCACUCUACAACAC